GAACAGAUAUGCAAGCAGAGAGGAGACCCUGAAAACCCUCAACUGGUUGUGGAUGGAGACAUUUUGUUAGGAGGACUCUUCUCUUUCCACACUAGCUGGAAUGAAAGAGAGAAUACAUACAUGGAAAAACCUCUGCCAUUGCAAUGCACAAGAGAAUUCCAGUUAGCCCAGGCAAUGCUUUUUGCCAUUGAGGAGAUAAAUAACCGAUCGGACCUACUACCAGACAUCUCUCUGGGCUAUAAAAUAUAUGAUUCUUGUGGCUCCAUUGCCAGAAGUAUUAAAGGUGCACUAGCCUUGGUAAACAGUAAUGCAAAUAUGUCUGACACUUUAAAGGCAUGCACAAAACCUGCACAUGUUCAGGCCAUAAUGGGGGAAGCGUCUUCAUCUCCGAGCAUGGCUAUAGCUACUGUCAUUGGACCUUUUUAUAUCCCACUGAUCAGCCAUUUUGCCACAUGUGCUUGUCUCAGUGAUAAAUCCAAAUACCCGUCAUUUCUCAGAACAAUACCCAGUGAUUACUACCAAAGCAGAGCUCUGGCACAGUUAGUAAAGCACUUUGGAUGGACUUGGGUUGGAGCUGUUCGAUCAAAUGAAGAUUAUGGCAAUAAUGGCAUGGCUAUAUUUACAGAAACUGCACAACAGCUGGGUAUUUGUCUGGAAUAUUCCUUAACUUUUUUUAGAACAGAUUCAUCUGACAAAAUACAAAGGUUGAUGGAAAUUAUCAAGGCCUCAACAUCAAAAGUUGUUGUAGGUUUCCUCUCUCACAUGGAUAUGGAUGUGCUUAUACAACACUUGUCAAAAUACAACUUGACCGGGUACCAGUGGGUGGGUACAGAGGCCUGGAUCUUUGAUUCUCAAACUGCAUCAAGAGAUGAGAAUCACAUUCUGGAUGGAGCGGUAGGCCUUUACAUCCCCAAAGCACAUGUCAGUGGUCUCAGAGAGUUCAUGUUCAACGUGAAGCCACUCAACUCGUCAAACAAUGACUUGUUUACAGAAUUCUGGGAAGGGUUAUUUAGUUGUAAAUUUAAGCAGUCAAAAUCAACAGAAAUACAGAGAGAGUGUACUGGACGUGAAGAUCUAACUGGAGUGGAAAACAUUUUUACUGACAUGUCACACAUGUCCAUCUUUAACAACAUGUAUAAAGGAGUGUAUGCUGUGGCCCAUGCUCUGCACAAUAUCCUCAGCUGUAAUCAAACAUGUAAUAGUACUAUAAAUCUUAAUCCAUUAACGGUUUUACAUCACAUAAAACGUAUUCACUUCAAAACAAAAGAAGGAGAGGAUGUAUAUUUUAAUGAAAAUGGAGAUCCAGCAGCAAAGUAUGAAAUUAUAAACUGGCACAGAAAAGACAAUGGCAUUGUGGAUUUUGUCACAGUUGGUCUUUAUGAUGCCUCCUUGCCUCCAGACAAACAGAUGAAUCUACAAAAUGCGUCUUUAAUUUGGGCAGAUAACUCUAAAGAGGUGCCUGUCUCUGUUUGCAAUGCAAAGUGUCUACCGGGAACACGCAAAGUUUUACAGAAAGGAAAACCUGUGUGCUGCUAUGACUGUAUAAAAUGUGCAGAUGGAGAAAUAAGCAACAGUACAGAUUCUGUUACCUGUGUGAGAUGCCCCCUGGAAUCCUGGUCAAAUGAGAAGAGAGAUGCCUGCAUAAAAAAGGAGGCAGUGUUUCUUUCAUACAAAGAAAUUAUGGGAGCAUUACUCACAGCAGCUUCUUUAUUUGGAACAUGUAUGACUAUUGUCAUUGCAGUCAUUUUUGUUAAACACAGGAAAACUCCUCUUGUGAGGGCAAACAACUCUGAGCUAAGCUUCCUGCUGCUCUUCUCCUUAAAGCUGUGUUUCCUCUGCUCUUUGACUUUCAUCGGGCAACCCUCAGAUUGGUCCUGCAUGCUGCGUCACACAUCAUUUGGCAUUGCGUUUGUUCUAUGCAUCUCUUGUGUUCUGGGGAAAACAAUAGUAGUUUUAAUGGCAUUUAAAGCUACACUCCCAGGCAGAAAUGUGAUGAAAUGGUUUGGGCCUACGCAGCAGAGAUUUAGUGUUUUGGGUUUCACGCUUGUACAAGUUGUCAUCUGUGUCCUCUGGUUAAUCAUUUCUCCUCCAUUUCCAUCCAAAAAUUUUAAAGAAUUCAAAGACAAAAUCAUCUUAGAGUGUUCCCUGGGCUCUUCUGUUGGCUUCUGGGCUGUCCUUGGUUACAUAGGAUUUCUUGCUAUGUUGUGUUUUAUUUGUGCUUUCCUAGCACGUAAACUACCUGACAAUUUCAACGAAGCCAAAUUUAUCACCUUUAGCAUGCUGAUAUUUUGUGCUGUAUGGAUAACCUUUAUCCCAGCAUAUGUCAGUUCUCCUGGGAAGUUUAGUGUUGCUGUAGAAAUCUUUGCAAUUCUUGCCUCUACUUUUGGACUGCUAAUUUGUAUUUUCAUCCCGAAAUGUUAUGUCAUAUUAAUGAAACCAGAGAAAAAUACAAAAAGAAAUAUGAUGGGCAAGGGGAUUUCCAAAUCCUCUUGAUAUUCGUAUUAAGA